GCUAUCCAAUAACCUAUGUGGUCAGCAUUAUUCCAGGAUUGUGUUUUUUGCAAAAAUCAAUCCCUCUUCUCUCACUAAUGCUGCAGGUGGCAACUUUACAAAACAGUUAACAAUGUCUUCUUUUAUUGCUCUUCAUGGCCUGCAUGGCUCUCUUCUUAAAUCACAGUUCCUAGGUCAAGAAAACCUCACUCAUCUUUACCCUCGCAAAAGGGUUUCCAACAUUCACACCAAACCAGUAACAACACAACCAUGUGCUAAAUUUGACCUGCUGCAAAGCCUAGGAGGAAGAGGACUAUGCAAUGGAGAAGAAGGCCUAAAGCAAGAGCUGAAGAAGCAAGUCGGUGCUGAUGAGAACACACCAUCAGCAGCAGCAAGUGAGAAGGAACAAGAGGCCUUGGCAAGUGUUGCUGCAGAAGAUGGUUUUGAGAAGGAACUGAUGGGGUUGACUGGGGGGUUUCCAGGGGGUGAGAAGGGGUUGAAAAAGUUCAUUCAGGAAAACCCUCCUCCAAAACCAGUUCAAGGGAGCAAAAGUCUGAAAGUGGCACUGUCUGAGAAGCCAAAACCACCAGAACUGCCUCUGUUGUUGCCAGGGAUGAUUGCCAUUGUGAAGAAUCCAAAUAACCCUUUUUACAUGUACUGUGGGAUUGUACAAAGAAUCACAGAUGGGAAAGCAGGAGUUCUCUUUGAAGGUGGGAACUGGGACAAGUUGAUCACUUUCAGAUUGGAAGAACUUGAGCGCAGAGAAAAAGGCCCUCCAAUGAAGAACCCUAAGUCUGCUGUGCUUGAACCGUUUCUAGAAAAGAAAUCAUAGUUCAACACUUUGUUUCAACUUGCCAAUGAUGUUCACUUUUGUGUCACAUAUGUAUGUAUCUGCCUUUCUGACAAAUCUAGCACGGCUGAUAAUUGAAACAACUGCUUAGAUGUUCUUUCUUUGUUGAAAUGCGAAGAAGAAAAGAACCUCCUUAUGCUGAACAUGUAUAUUUGUGUAAACUCAUGUAAAAAAAGGUUGUAUAAUUUAGUGAGUUUUAGUGUUCUCUGUUAGCUUAA